UGUCAUCAUAAAUUUGAUUAUUCUCCAUUACUUUCCUCUCAAAGCAAAUUCCUUCGUGCACACACAAGCAGUCUCAUCAGCGAUUAAUCCCCCACUCCUGAGCCAUGUCUGCUGAAUCUGCCAGCGCAAUUCAACGAGGCCAAGUUGAUCUGUUGGACUUCAUUGACUGGUCUGGAGUUGAAUGUCUUAAUCAAAGCUCCAGUCACUCUCUUGCCAACGCUCUCAAACAGGGUUACCGUGAAGAUGAUGGGUUGAAUUUGGAGAGUGAUGCAGAUGAGCAGCUUUUGAUUUACAUCCCUUUUACUCAAGUUGUUAAAUUGCAUUCUAUUGUAAUCGAAGGACCUGAAGAGGAAGGUCCUAAGACUGUUAAACUUUUCUCAAACAAGGAGCACAUGGGAUUUAGUAAUGUUAAUGACUUCCCUCCGAGUGACACUGCUGUUUUAUCCCCAGAGACUCUGGAGGGAAAACCAGUAAUCUUGAAAUAUGUCAAGUUUCAGAAUGUUCGAAGCUUGACGAUAUUUAUUGAAGAUAAUCAGUCAGGUUCUGAUAUCACCAAAGUUCAGAAGAUCACUCUGAAUGGAACAACGGUGGAAACAACAGACAUGAAGGGAUUGAAGAAGAUAGAGGAUCACUGACCCAGAAACAGGAGAAAAAAGCAUGGAUUAACGAAACACAUGGGUCACCAUAACAUUGUUAAAUCUUCUUAUCAACCAAAUGGGUCACUUGUAAUUGUUAAAUCUCAUCAGACAUUUUCUAAUUUUUUGAUCAAAUUGACAAUACAAACCAAUUUCAUGUAUGGAAAAUUUGACUGUCCUUGGAAUUCUUAGAAAUUUCUU